GUUUCUUCAAAACAUAGGAGCAGAGGAAGAAAUCCUCCACUAACGGCGUUGGGCAGUCGGCCGACAAGGACCCCUUAUCUUCGACUAAAAUCUGUUAACACAAACUUAGUGUUAUCAAUAUUACAAGCAAAUGGCCGCUUCAUUCUCUAAUCACUCUGUGUUGUCUCCUCACUUCUCAGUUUCUUCUUUAAAACCCUCAAGCCACACCAAAUCAUCUUUAUUACGCGUUCAAUUUCCCUGCCAAAAGCUUCGUUUUCCAAAACCAUUUUCUGGGGUUUCUCCGUCUAAUCUUUCCUUCCCUAUGAACAGCACAAAGUGUCCCAAUAGGACGACUUUCAAUGCUUCUCUUUCUGCCCAGGAAUCUGCUCGCACUGAAAUUUAUCAGGAAAAUAUAAAAACACCGGGAGGCAAUUUAAAGGCCAUGAUUAGAGUUUACAAGGAGGCUCUUCUUAAUGGAGAUGAUAGGGUUGUAGCUGAGAUUGAGAAUAGAAUAAGCAUUUUAGAAAAUGAAAAGAAUGGAUUGGAAAAACGAGUUUUGGAAUUAUCAGCAGAGAUAACCUCCGGGAAAGAGAAGUAUAUCCGUUUGCAAGCUGAUUUUGAUAAUUAUCGAAAAAGAUCGGAGAAGGAGAGAGUUACGACGAGAUCUGAUGCUCAAGGCGAAGUGAUCAAGAGUCUUUUGCUCAUGGUUGACAGUUUUGAGAGAGCCAAGCAACAAAUAAAACCGGAAACAGAUAAAGAAAAGAAGAUAGAUACGAGUUAUCAGGGUAUAUACAAGCAAUUUGUGGAGAUCAUGAGGAGUUUGCAAGUAGCUGUUGUCCCAACAGUUGGAAAGCCCUUUGACCCCUCUCUACAUGAAGCCAUAGCACGAGAAGAGUCUCUAGAGUUCAAAGAAGGGAUUAUCACUCAAGAAUUUCGUCGUGGAUUCCUCCUUGGGGGGCGGCUGUUAAGACCAGCGAUGGUUAAAGUUUCUUCAGGACCGGGGAGUAAGAAAGCUAGUGUGGCCACUGAUAAAUCUUCUGGGCAACCUACAACACCUGGAGAUGAUCAGUAAAUGUAAAAGGGAUACUCUGAUCAUCUCAUGAAAGGUGAAGGCAUUUGCUGUCGGAUAUAUUUCACUUGCUAUUACUACCUAUGUAUCAUUAUGACCGUUUGGUUUUAAUGUUCGUCAAUUUC